AAGGGGGAAAUAAAGAUGGGGAAAUCGAGGUGGAAGGGGGGCAAGUCGCCGUUCUCCCAACUUUUCCUUGACUCCCCGCCUCCCAGCCGCGGUCCGGGGGGGAAGGGGACCCCCAUUUUCACCGACCGCGCAGCUCCUUCUGGAUCGAGUCGUGGGCCGCAGCGUAGACCUGUCUUCCCCAGUAGGACCCCCUUGAACCUGAACUCAUUCGUUACCCGCCCUGUUCCCCCGGGUUUGGGGGCGGCCCAGUACGCCUGCGUCCUCCUGGGCUACUCCCUGCGGAAACACGGGGCCAGCGAGGCCGCGCUCGACCAGAUCAAGCAGCUGGAGGGCCACUUCGGGGUCGUCCGCAAGCUGCUCCGCCUGGGCAACUCGGUGGACGCCCUGGAGUCGGCCAAGCGUGCCGUCCACCUGUCGGACGUGGUCCUCCGCUUCCUCAUCACCGUCGGCCACCUCAACCGCGCCAUGUACUUCGCCUGCGACAACGUGCUGUGGGCCGGCCGGGCCGGGCUGGCCCCGCGUCUCGACCACGACAAGUGGACCCGGCGCUCCUUCCGGUACUACCUCUUCGCGCUGAUCAUGAGUCUGAGUCGCGACGCCUACGAGAUCCGGCUGCUGAUGGAGCAGGAGGCCUCGGGGCGACGGGCCAAGGGGGGCGAGGGCGGGGCGGGCCGGGGUCCCCUGGCCGCCCUGGGGCUCCAGCUGCGCUUGGCCGGCCGGGUCCUGCGCGCCCACCCGCCCCUGCUCCUGGACCUGGUCCGCAACGGCUGCGACCUGGCCAUCCCGCUGGACCGACUCGGCCUCCUGCGCUCCGGGCCCGGGGUCGUGGGCUGCUGCGGCCUCCUCUCCUCCGUCCUCUCCAUCCUCGCCCUGCUGCACCCCUGGCUCAAGCUCAAGCCCUGAGCCGGCCCCCGGCCGGGGGGGAGGACGGACGGACGUCCCUCCCCCCCGGCCCGGCUCCCGAUCCGUCUCUCGCUUCCCCGCCCUCUCCCCACGUCUCCGUCCGUCUCGCCGGGCCUCCGGCCCGUCCCUCGGGAAGUGCGCUUGAUUCGCCCCGGGUGAGGCCGGCGGGGGGGACCCGAAGUCUCUCGACGUCGUCCCCCCCCCCCCCCCCAUCUUCUCCCCUAAGAGGACAAAGUCGGACCUGGUUCCUUCUUCUCUAAAAAAAGGAAGAAAGCCAAGAUUCAACGUGUAAGAUUCCUCCUGGGAGAAGAGCAGGGCGGGAGAGGGUCUCUCUUCCCUUCUCUCCCCCCCGGCUCUUCCCCGAAACUUCCCUCCUUUGGUUUUCGUCCAGGACCUUCCCCCGUGUAAAUACUGUACGAUUAAACCUUGUAAAUACCCGUGCCCGGCGGUCAGAGCUCUCUGAAGAGCCCGGUCUGGUCCUCAUCCCCUCCCACACGCUCCCCGUCCAGUUCAUCUCUGUCACUAUUAAUAACAGUAAUAAUAA